UCAUCAGUCAGUUGAACUCUUUAGAGCAAGAAACAAGGAGGCAGGAUAAGGGAAUUCAGUGGAAGAUACAGGCAAGCUCAAGGAUGGAGGUGCAGUUAGGACCGGGAAGGGUCUACCCACGGCCCCCAUCUAAAACCUAUCGAGGAGCUUUCCAGAAUCUGUUCCAGAACGUGCGCGAAGCUAUCCAGAACCCGGGCCCCAGGCACCCUGAAGCCGCAAGCACAGCACCUCCCGGUGCCUGUUUGCAGCAGCAGCAAGAAACUAGCCCCCAGCAGCGGAGGCGGCAACAGCUUGGCCAGGAUGGCUCUCCCCAAGCCCACAUCAGAGGCCCCACAGGCUACCUGGCCCUGGAGGAAGAACAGCAACCUUCACAGCAGCACUCAGCCUCCGAGGGCCACCCUGAGAGCGGCUGCCUCCCAGAGCCUGGGACUGCUACAGCUCCUGGCAAGGGGCUGCUGCAGCAGCCACCAGCUCCUCCAGAUGAGGAUGACUCAGCUGCCCCAUCCACGUUGUCCCUGCUGGGCCCCACUUUCCCAGGCUUAAGCAGCUGCUCCGCGGGCAUUAAAGACAUCCUGAGCGACGCCGGCACCAUGCAACUUCUUCAGCAGCAGCAGCAGCACCAGCACCAGCAACAGCAGCAGGAGGUAAUAUCUGAAGGCAGUGGCACCAGUGUGAGAGCAAAGGAGGCCACUGGGGUUCCCUCUUCCUCCAAGGAUAGUUACCUAGGGGGCAAUUCGACCAUAUCUGACAGUGCCAAGGAGUUGUGUAAAGCAGUGUCUGUGUCCAUGGGACUGGGUGUGGAAGCAUUGGAACAUCUGAGUCCCGGGGAACAGCUUCGGGGAGAUUGCAUGUACGCGUCGCUCCUGGGAGGUCCACCCGCGGUGGUGCGUCCUGCUCCUUGUGCGCCACUGGCCGAAUGCAAAGGUCUUCCCCUGGACGAGGGCCCGGGCAAAGGCACUGAAGAGACUGCUGAGUAUUCCUCUUUCAAGGGAGGUUACGCCAGAGGGCUGGAAAGCGAGAGCUUGGUCUGUUCUGGCAGCGGUGAAGCAGGUAGUUCUGGGACACUUGAGAUCCCGUCCACUCUGUCUCUGUAUAAAUCCGGAGUGGUGGAUGAGGCAGCAGCAUACCAGAAUCGCGACUACUACAACUUUCCACUGGCUCUGACCGGGCCCCCGCACCCCCAGCCCCCGACCCAUCCACACGCCCGCAUCAAGCUGGAGAACCCUCUGGACUAUGGCAGCGCCUGGGCUGCUGCGGCCGCGGCGCAAUGCCGCUAUGGAGACUUGGCUAGCCUGCACGGAGGGAGUGCAGUCGGGCCCAGCACCGGAUCGCCCCCAGCCACCGCCUCUUCUUCCUGGCACACUCUCUUCACAACUGAAGAAGGUCAAUUAUAUGGGCCAGGCGGCGGGGGUGGCAGUAGCAGCCCGAGCGAGGCAGGGCCUGUAGUUCCCUAUGGCUACACUCAUCCCCCUCAGGGGCUGGUGAGUCAGGAGGGUGACUUCUCUGCCUCCGAAGUGUGGUACCCCACUGGAGUGGUGAACAGAGUACCCUAUCCCAGUUCCAGCUGCGUCAAAAGUGAGAUGGGACCUUGGAUGGAGAACUACUCUGGACCUUAUGGGGACAUGCGGGAGGCUUCCAGGUAGGAAGGAGAAUAUUAACUGAAGACAGAACUUCCAUGAUGCAACUUUCAUGAAAUAGUCAUCCAUCCUGCGGUGAAACUUUUCCGUGAUAAAGCCAUUCUUUUCACCUGCACUUCUAAGCUAAGGUCAAUAAAUUUCACUGGUUCAGUCGACUAGGCUUGUGAGAAAUCAUUGCUCUGUUCUAUUGUCAAUACAAUGAGGUGAACUGCUGUU